AUGGCUUUUAACUAUAAAGAGGCUUGCCAUGGAUGUACAUCUCUAUCUAAAUGUGAUUGCAGUGGAGUAAAAGGUGAAAAGGGUGAAAGAGGAUUCCCAGGCUUGGAAGGACAGCCAGGUUUGCCUGGAUUUCCGGGACCUGAAGGACCACCUGGUCCAAGAGGCUCAAAGGGCGAUGAUGGACUUCCAGGGCCUGUUGGACCCAAAGGAAUCAGAGGACCGCCAGGGCUUCCAGGAUUUCCAGGAACACCAGGACUUCCUGGAUUACCAGGACAAGAUGGGCCACCAGGACCUCAGGGUAUCCCAGGAUGCAAUGGAACAAAGGGAGAACGUGGAUUCCCAGGCAGUCCAGGUUUUCCUGGUUUACAAGGGCCUCCUGGACCCCCUGGUCUGCCAGGUAUGAAGGGUGAAGCAGGUGAAAUAAUUACAUCCUUGCUGCCAGGACAGAAGGGUGACCCAGGAUUUCCAGGUCUUCCAGGGAUACCUGGCCCACCUGGCUCCAUGGGAAUACCAGGCCCAGUUGGCCCUCCAGGGCCCCCAGGCUUGACAGGACCUCCUGGUCCACCAGGGCUGCCAGGACCUAAGGGUAAUAUGGGUUUGAACUUCCAAGGACCCAAAGGUGAAAAAGGCGAACAAGGUCUUCAGGGACCUCCAGGGCCACCAGGACAAAUUGGAGAACAGAAGAGACCAAAUGACAUUGAGUUUCAGAAAGGAGAUCAGGGUAUUCCAGGUGAUCCAGGCCCGCCAGGACUUCCUGGGCCACAAGGCCCUCCUGGUCUUCCCGGUGGCAUAAAAGGUGAAAAAGGUGAGCAAGGAGAACCAGGCAAAAGAGGAAAGCCUGGCAAAGAUGGAGAACCUGGUCAGCCUGGUAGGGAUGGUUUACCUGGUGGGCCUGGAAUAAAUGGUGCUCCAGGAAGAGAGGGUGAAAAGGGUGAAAAAGGUGACAUUGGUCCCCCCGGUCCUCCUGGAAUUGUCAUUUCAAGACCAGGCAUUGAUGCGAAAGUGGGACCAAAAGGUAGCAAAGGAUUGCCAGGACUUCCAGGAGCCAAAGGAGAGCGUGGAUUCUCUGGCAGGCCAGGCCCACCUGGCUUGCCAGGUUCUCCAGGGAUCACUACUGUUGGACCUCCUGGCCCACCUGGCUUACCUGGUGAGAGAGGACAGAAGGGAGAUCCAGGUUUACCUGGUGUUUCUAUUCCUGGGCAACCAGGACUUGAUGGACCACGAGGACCUCCAGGACCACCAGGUCCCCCAGGACCACCUGCACCAUCUGUUCCUCCUGGUGAAGGCUUAUGUGAGCAGGGGCCACCAGGUCCUCCAGGAAUUCCAGGACAACAAGGCUUUACGGGGGAGCGAGGCCAAAAAGGUGAUCAAGGAGACACAUGCUUCAAUUGCAUAGGAACUGGAAUAACUGGGCCUCCUGGGGAGAGAGGACCACCGGGACUUCCAGGUAGUCCAGGUUCUCCUGGUUUUCCUGGACCAAAAGGUGAAAAGGGGCUUCCUGGAUUAACUGGCCUUGUAGGGCCACCAGGUUUCCCAGGGUCCCCAGGUCCUCCUGGGAGACCUGGUCCUAAAGGAGACCCAGGGGAUGUCCUGACUUCUCCAAGAAUGAAAGGUGACAAAGGAGACCCUGGCUUCCCAGGACCACCGGGUCUUCCUGGCAUAGAUGGCACUCCUGGACGAGAUGGACUUCCAGGUCUACCUGGCCCUAAGGGGGAGCCUGGCAGUGUUGCAUUCAAAGGAGAAAUGGGUAUUCCAGGUGAUCCAGGAAUACCAGGUCUUCCUGGAGACAAAGGACUUCCUGGGCCUCCUGGUUUUGGUCCACAAGGUUCACCUGGUGAAAAGGGCAUCCAAGGUGUAUCAGGCCGUCCAGGGCCUCCUGGAGUUCCUGGUCCAAAAGGUGACCCUGGCCAGACUAUUACAGAACCAGGAGUUCCUGGCCCCCCUGGUCCUCCAGGAAGAAAUGGUGACCCAGGUCUUCCAGGAGAUCCUGGUCAGCCAGGCCAGCGUGGCUUAUCAGGCAUCCCAGGUGCAAAGGGAGAGCCAGGUAUUCCUGGCAUUGGACUUCCAGGUCCGCCAGGCCCAAAAGGUUUCCCAGGGACUCCAGGCCCCCCCGGAGCUCCAGGAACUCCAGGUCGCCCUGGUCUAGAUGGACCUCCUGGACCACCUGGUUUCCCAGGACAGAAGGGGGAUCGUGGAUUUGGAGUUCCAGGACCACCUGGACCCCCAGGACCACCAGGCAUAAAAGGAGUCCAAGGACCUAAAGGUGAUCCUGGCUUCCCAGGAAAUCCUGGUCUCCCAGGACGGGCAGGUUUUGAUGGAACUCCAGGGCCCAAAGGUGACCCUGGACCAAGUGGACCACCAGGACUUCCAGGCCCACCAGGCAUCCCUGGCAUUGGUGGUCAAGGUCCACCUGGAUCUCCAGGACCUCCAGGUCCUGUUGGCCCUCCAGGGUUGCAGGGUGUUCCAGGGGAGAAAGGGGAUCCAGGUCCUCCAGGCUUCGACGUUCCUGGGCCCCCAGGUGACCGAGGAACCCCAGGCUAUCCAGGACCCCCUGGUCUUCCAGGGCCUCAGGGUUCACCUGGACCACCUGGCCGGGAUGGAAUACCUGGAUUUCCAGGUGCCAAAGGUGAGAUGGGCGUCAUGGGAACUCCUGGGCCUCCAGGGCCUCCAGGAACUCCUGGAAGAAAUGGCCUGCCUGGAUUGAAAGGUAAUAAUGGAUUACCUGGUCCACCAGGACCUCCUGGACCAGUAGGACAGAAAGGCAUCAAAGGUGAAGCAGGCCUGCCAGGUCCACCUGGAAAAGUUGAUCCGAAACAGCUAGGAGCAAAAGGAGAAAAAGGCGAGCCAGGUGUUCCAGGUAUUCCUGGUUUAUCAGGACAGAAAGGUUAUCAAGGUCUCCCAGGUGACCCAGGCCCACCAGGACCUAGUGGCCCACCAGGUGUGCCAGGAUUGCCAGGCAUCAAGGGAGACACGGGGCUUCCUGGGCAGCCUGGACCAACAGGACCUCCGGGGUUAAAAGGUGCCAUGGGAGAGAUGGGCCUUCCAGGUCCCCCAGGGAUUAAAGGCAGCCAAGGAAUCGCAGGACGUCCAGGGCAGCCUGGACCUGCAGGAUUUCCUGGAUUGAAAGGGGAGAAAGGUGACCCUGGUCUUUCAAGCAUCGGUAUUCCUGGUCUCCCUGGACCAAAGGGUGAUCUUGGUUUGCCUGGAUACCCAGGUAGUCCAGGCAGUAAAGGUAUAGCUGGAAAUCCUGGUUUGCCUGGAUUUCCAGGUAGUCCAGGUGCAAAAGGAGAACCAGGCCUUCCUGGAUUCCCAGGAACACCAGGAAUUCCAGGACCAAAAGGUAUGGAGGGGCCUCCAGGUAAUCCUGGCCUGCCUGGACCACCUGGGCCAGUAGGUGAUAUUGGUCGUCCUGGCCCUCCUGGUCCUUCAGGGGAGAAGGGACAGCCUGGUCGUGAUGGUAUCCCUGGACCAGCUGGUCAGAAGGGUGAACCAGGUCUACCAGGUUUUGGGCGUCCAGGACCUCCCGGACUCCCAGGAUUGUCAGGGCAAAAAGGAGAACUGGGGUUACCUGGCCCACCAGGGCCCCCUGGACUUCCAGGUCUGAAGGGAGAACCAGGUUUCCAGGGCUUCCCUGGUCUACAGGGUCCACCAGGUCCACCAGGAUUACCAGGGCCACCUCUGGAAGGUCCUAAAGGUAGCCCUGGCCCACCAGGUGUUCCAGGAAGGCCAGGUCCCUCAGGUCUUCCAGGUCCACCAGGCCCAGAGGGUCCACGAGGGCCACCAGGCAGUGGAGGACUUAAAGGGGAAAAAGGGAACCCGGGUCAGCCUGGCCCACCUGGCCUGACUGGUCAAAAGGGAGAUCAAGGACCACCUGGACGCCAGGGUGAUCCUGGUCGUCCAGGUCUGAAUGGAAUGAAGGGCGACCCCGGGGUUCCAGGCGUUCCAGGAUUCCCAGGUAUGAAGGGUCCCACUGGACCUGCAGGACCUGCUGGCCUCACAGGCGCUCAAGGACUGCCAGGCCCACCAGGUCCACCAGGUUUACCAGGUACCAUUGGACGAAGCAUUGUUGUCAAAGGUGACCCUGGUCCCCCAGGUCCUCCAGGACAGCCUGGGUCAAAAGGGCCACCAGGACUGCCAGGACCACAGGGAUUGCCAGGUCCAAUUGGUCUUCCUGGUGACCCAGGGCGAGAUGGACUACCUGGUUUUGAUGGUCCAGCAGGACGUAAAGGAGACAGAGGUCUUCCAGGCCAACCAGGUUCACGAGGAAUACAGGGACCUCCGGGUCCUGAUGGCUUACAAGGCCCACCUGGGCCUCCUGGAACAGCUUCUGUUGCUCACGGAUUCCUUAUAACUCGGCACAGUCAGACCAGGGAUACACCACUAUGUCCACAAGGAACAUCAAGAAUAUAUGAUGGAUUCUCUCUUCUAUAUGUGCAAGGAAAUGAGAGAGCACAUGGCCAGGAUUUGGGUACUGCUGGGAGCUGUCUUAGACGUUUCAGCACCAUGCCCUUCAUGUUCUGCAACAUCAACAAUGUUUGUAAUUUUGCAUCAAGGAAUGACUAUUCCUACUGGCUAUCAACUCCAGAGCCAAUGCCAAUGAGCAUGGAGCCGCUGACUGGGCAAAGCAUCCAGCCAUUCAUUAGCCGGUGUGUUGUGUGUGAAGCUCCUGCUAUGGUGAUAGCUGUCCACAGUCAGACCAUUCAGAUUCCUUCGUGUCCUCCAGGCUGGGACUCCCUUUGGAUUGGUUACUCUUUCAUGAUGCACACCAGUGCUGGAGCAGAGGGCUCUGGACAGGCCUUGGCAUCGCCUGGAUCCUGUUUAGAAGAAUUCCGCUCAGCUCCGUUUAUCGAAUGCCAUGGUCGUGGCACUUGUAAUUACUAUGCCAAUUCAUAUAGUUUCUGGCUGGCAACCGUAGAGGUGUCAGAAAUGUUCAGUAAACCUCAGUCAGAGACACUGAAAGCUGGAGACUUGAGGACGCGUAUUAGCCGUUGUCAAGUUUGCAUGAAGAAGACGUAACGUCUUGGAGAAUGUUUUAUAAAACAGUUGAAAAUUCCUAAGAUGCACUGUCUUCCAGCUGCAACAAUGGUGCU